AUGUCGUCUAUUGAGCCUUUGGUUACAGUUACCCGGUGGGUGGGCUUCGUAAGCGGGGUCCUGACGAUAAUUUUAUGGUGUUUCCAACUGUCCUCAACGUCGGCCUCGAUCUCAAUCGGAAGCGACCCACUGGCAGAUGUCAACAAGGCGACCUGGCGCAUGCAACUAUUCUCCUUCGUGCCAUCUGUCUUUAUUGACGUGUGGACCCCCUUCGUCAUGGGCGCAAUGACUCUGAUGUCACACUUUGCCUCAUUCCACCUGGACUACCUUACAGUCAACUUUGCGCACUACUUUAUUUGGUCUAUGUUGAUGGCCUUAUUUGGCAAUAUUGGCUAUGCUGGUGUAGUAGGGAUUGUUGUGGCCUCGGUAACUCUGCUCGCAGCCCUCCUUAGCCUGAUCUGCGUCGUCAUGUACAAAGGCACCGCCAGUCUGAAGCUUGGAAGCUAA